AUGGCGGCGCAGUUCCGCAGCUACGUGUGGGACCCGGCGCUGAUCGUGGCGCAGAUGGUGUUGUUGCAGGCCGGUUAUUACAGCUCGCUGGGGCUGUGGCUCGCUCUCCUAGGCACUCUGGGCAGAACCGGGCCCUCCCUUCACCAGGUCUUCAGCGACGAGAUUUUAGGUUUCUCCACCCCACCAGGGAGGCUUUCCAUGAUGGCUUUCAUCCUCAAUGCACUCACCUGUGCUCUGGGCUUGCUGUACUUCAUCCGCCGAGGGAAGCAGUGCCUGGAUUUCACGGUCACCGUUCACUUCUUCCACCUGCUGGGCUGCUGGAUUUACAACUCCCGCUUCCCCUCCACCCUGACCUGGUGGCUGGUGCACAUCGUCUGCACCGCGCUGAUGGCUGCCAUCGGCGAGUACCUCUGCAUGAGGAUAGAACUCAGAGAGAUCCCCCUCAGUUCUGCCCCCAAAUCCAACGUAUAGACUUGCUCUGGCACCCACGUGCUGCAUUGCCUCGUUGUUUCCAGCACAAGUGCAUCUAAUGCCUGAGAACCAUUACUGAAGAAGCACAGCAGGUCUGGUUAGACUUUUGGGUUUUUUUGUUU